AUGGAGUGUCAGCCUGACCUAACGCCGAUGAUCAUGUAUUGGCCGAAGACAGCUUCGAUGCCGACCGCACAACUGGAUUAUCCGCAUCAGUGUGUGAAUUGGGAUAAGAUGAACAGCUGGUGGCGAUCUCGAUCGUUCGAGCCUUUUGCGGAAGGACUGUUGACACAUCCAGAGUUCGGCACGCCGUAUGGGCAGCAGACAGGUCCGCAAGUGGGCGUUGUGCGGCUCGGAGGGGAAGAGACGGUGCAUAAGCAUAAGCCUGGCGAUGGAUUGGCCUGA